AUGAAGUGGCUGCACACUGCUGCUCUUGAUUUCAAGCUCUAUGGCCAGUAUACGGAACAACCUCCCAGUCUUUCCCAGAAGGAAGCAGCUGAACUUCUGAAUAAGAAGUCUCAGGACCCCUUGAAGCGGGGAAGUCAAGCUGAACUCAAAGAGGAGAGCUACUCUAAGUAUCAUGCUUGUUCUAAAAGUAUCAAGAAUUAUAUUACGAAGAAGCUGGGAGAAGACUGGAUAUUCUUGAUUCUUCUGGGUCUAGUCAUGGCAAUAGUCAGCUGGGGGGUGGAUUAUGCCAGUGCCAAAAGCUUGCAAGCUUACAAGUGGAUAUACAAAGAGAUGCAACCCAGCAUCCCUAUGCAGUUCCUGGCCUGGGUCACCUACCCCCUCAUCCUCAUCCUCUUUGCUGCCCUCUUCUGCCAGCUUGUCUCUCCACAGGCUGUGGGCUCUGGGAUUCCAGAACUGAAAACUAUUAUGCGAGGAGUAGUCCUCAAGGAGUACCUCACACCUAAAGCAUUUGUGGCCAAAGUUGUAAGCCUGACAGCUGGCCUGGGAAGUGGGAUUCCUGUUGGAAAAGAGGGCCCUUUUGUGCACAUUGCAAGCAUCUGUGCUGCUGUCCUCAGCAAGUUCUUGUCUAUCUUUUGUGGAGUUUAUGAGAACGUGUAUAGGCAACUGGACCUCCUGGUGGCCGCUUGUGCAGUUGGUGUUGGAUGUUGCUUCGGGGCCCCUCUUGGAGGUGUCCUCUUUAGCAUUGAAGUCACUUCCACCUAUUUUGCAGUUCGUAACUAUUGGCGUGGAUUCUUUGCAGCUACAUUCAGUGCCUUUGUUUUCCGAGUCUUUGCUGUCUGGAACAAGGAUGCAAUCACCAUCACAGCCCUCUUCAGAACAAACUUUCGCAUGGAUUUCCCCUUUGACCUACAGGAGCUGCCGGCGUUUGCUGUAAUAGGGAUCUGUUCUGGGUUCCUUGGAGCAUUUUUUGUUUAUUUUCAUCGACAGGUGGUUUUAUUUGUCAGAGAACAUACUACUCUAAGUCGAUUCCUAACCAAACACCGCCUUGUGUAUCCUGGGGUGAUAACUUUUGUGAUAGCGUCACUGACAUUCCCCCCUGGCUUUGGACAGUUUAUGGCUGGAGAACUGAUGCCCAGAGAAGCCAUCAGCAGCCUCUUUGAUAACUUCACUUGGGUAAAGCACACAGAGGACCCGCAGGUCCUGGGGAGAUCUGCAGUUUGGAUCCAUCCCAAAGUCAGCGUCUUUGUCAUCAUCUUGUUGUUUUUCAUCAUGAAGUUCUGGAUGUCUGUCGUUGCCACAACUAUGCCAAUACCCUGUGGAGGGUUCAUGCCAGUGUUUGUGCUGGGGGCUGCUUUCGGACGCUUGAUUGGUGAAAUCAUGGCCUGGCUCUUCCCUGAUGGGAUUCUCUUUGAUGGCUUUGUUUACAAAAUCUUACCUGGUGGUUAUGCAGUAAUUGGAGCUGCAGCUCUCACAGGUGCUGUCAGCCACACUAUCUCCACAGCAGUGAUUUGCUUCGAGCUGACAGGUCAGAUUGCCCACAUCCUGCCAAUGAUGGUGGCCGUCAUUCUUGCCAACAUGGUGGCUCAGAGUUUGCAGCCAAGCCUUUACGACAGCAUCAUCCAAGUGAAGAAACUCCCCUAUUUACCAGACUUGGGCUGGAACCAAAUAAGCAAAUACAAUAUUUUUGUUGAGGACAUUAUGGUGUCUGAUGUCAAAUUCAUCUCCUCUAAUUGCAAAUAUCGGGAUCUGAAGGACGUGCUCCAGAACACCACGGUCAACACGUUUCCUCUGGUGGAUUUUCCAGAUUCCAUGAUUCUCAUGGGCUCAGUGGAGCGAACUGAGCUCCAGGGUCUGCUGCUCAGACACCUCAGCCCAGACCGACGUCUGCAUCUUGCCAGGGAGACACCACAGAAACUGAUUGAAGCAUCUUAUGAUGGACACCAGUGGAAGCAUGAAUCAUUCGCUUUUGUGGAUGAGGAUGUGGAUGAGGAAGUAGAGGACAAGGGAAAGACUGAGUUUCCACAGCAGCCUGCUUUAACCCCUGAUUACCCAGAAGGACCUAAUGGGCCAGUGACUCCUCAUAAGCUGGUGGCAGAGGCACCAACACCUACACAAACUCCAACCCGGAGAUGCUGGCAGCUGAGGAGACUGAUGGAUCAACUUCUUUGUCUCAACCCAUCCCCUCAGCGAAAAACCUCCAAGAAGGAUUCAGCAGAGAUUGAAGACCCAAUGAAGCCAGAAGAGAUAGAAGUUUGGGAGCAGGAGGAGCUGGAGAAAAAGGUAUGCUUCAGCAGCUGCCGCAUAGAUCCUUCUCCCUUUCAGCUGGUCGAGAGAACAUCACUGCACAAGACACAUACCUUGUUCUCAUUGCUAGGACUCACCCAUGCCUAUGUAACCAGUAUGGGAAAACUAAAGGGUGUGAUUGCACUGGAAGAGCUCCAGAAAGCUAUUGAGGGGUCUACACGUACUGGGGUCCAACUUCGUCCUCCUCUUGCAAGUUUCCGUGAUGCCACUCAGACGACAAGCAGCAAAGAGCAUACCAGUUGGUCUACAAAGAUGUGGAGCAAAGAAAACAAUGAUACAGUCCCUGGGAAAUCUGCAGUAGACUCGGGACCAGAGAACUCAGUGGCCCCUAGUUCCCCUGUCUCACAGCAAUCUUCCCUUCCCAGGUAAAGAAAAGGGAUUAUCUCUGCUUCAGAUGCUGAUAAUAGAAUUGGAGGGCAUAGAAAUUUCUGGCCCAGCUGCUGAGAACAUCUCAGACACACUCAAGGACUUCAACUUAUGCUCCAGAAACCUGGAAUAGGAUGAUAAGGAUGAUAAUGAUAUGACAAUAUAAUUGCACCUUGGGGAAAAAUUACCUCAUCCUUCGGCAUAAUCUGCCCACCAUACUUACAUUUCCAGAAAAGGCUUGUGACCUGCUUUGCUGGUAUCAGUGGAAGAUAAUUCAUGCUGGAGAACUUGUGUGGCUGUGUGGACUGGCUUUCCUCUGCCAUUUUCAGUGGGAUGCAAGAAAGACAUGCAAAGAAAAUGGGUGGAAGGAUCUUGGCUUAUAUCUUCUAGUUUUGCAUCCUUUGAUUAUGAUCCCUGUGUGGGGCACAUGGUAUGGCCCCAUUGCCUAUAGGGAUAUAUUCCAGGUGUUCUUCAGAUAAACCUACCACUUAUAUCAUCAUUCAGCAUGCCAUGGUGUUAGCCUGGUGGGGUAGUCCAGACAAAAAGUGUAACCAGGAGUUCUAACUCUUAACUUUAUUGCAAGGUUGCAUUAAGAGAAUCUUGCCAGAGUGAAAAUAUUUCUCCCCUCCUUUGUUUUCCUUGCCAGAAAACUAGGGAGGGUCUCUUUUGCAAUGUUUCCCAUGCCCUCCCUCAAUCUGUGGGCUAUCUUUUACACUCAGGUUAUCCAGUCUGUGACUUUUCCUCCUGUCUCCGAAGGUCAUUCCCACAUGCCAUUAUACAUAGCCAUCUUCAUCCCUUUCAGGUGUUCUGAAGAACCCAGGCUCAGUCCUGAUGUAGAGAACACAUCCCAAUUUGUAAACAAAACAGAAUAUGACAAAUGCUUCAUACCUCCUUUUACCUUUUUACAAUGUCUUUUCUUUUAAAAUAAACUCCAAUCUAUGCUCUACAUGUGACAAUAAUUCACCCCUUCACAAAUUGUUCUCAUUUUGUCAUUAUAGGCUUAAUACCUUAUUAUUUCUACUAAUUUGCACAUCCUUGUCCUAAAAAAUAAUUUCUCAUAUAUUGAAAUAUUCCUCUGAUACUUAUUGCUGGGGUAAAAAUACUAAAACAAGUCUAAUUCUUUAUUGAGGAUAUUACCACCAAGUAUAGGUAUAAUGGCAACUUGCUAUUGAUAAUAGCAACUGCUAUUAUCCAGAUAGUUCCCCAUCUUGCCUAUGCAGACACAUUUAUAAACCUUCAACUCAGUGGUGGGUUCCAGAUCCCGGUGCAACCGGUACGGUGCAACAGGGCCGCACGUCCACCACAUGCAGCACAUGCAUACUUAUCGCCCGCAAUGCUCCAUGAUGGCUCCAUGACGCUCCAGCUGCUCGGCAGAGCAUUGCGCAGGCGCUGUACACUCUGUGCGUGUGCGCGAAAGCCCCAAUCGUCUCAAAUACAGAUAAGGAGUGCAGGCAGGCCCUCUAGAGCACUGUACCAGAACAGUACCUGGUGCUCCCAACAGGCACCGGUACACCCGUACCGGGGCGUACUGGUCGUAUCCCACCACUGCUUCAACUCUAUCUGUAGUGAUGCAUUUGUCAGAACAUUACUGUUUGAUUGAACACUUUGAACAAAUAGUCAAACCAGAAGGGAAUGUCAGUGAAGUUUAAAUGCUGAUGAGCCAAGGAUUCAAGUUAAGGCUGUUUAAAUAUCACUUACAUCUUAAAUGUCCUACUUAUUACUUGAAAGAAAUUUCUACAAAUGCUGUCUUAAACAUAUUUGUACCUGAUAAAUAAAAACUGAUGUGGGAAGAUGUUGAUGUUGUUGAGAAGCAGCAUUAAUAAAUGAAAGAGGGGGGUG